AUGGAAUUGUGGUUGAGUAUUGUGACUCCAAACCAUCCAUCCUGGCCUCCCAACCAUGAGUCCCUCUCUCAUGCCCUGAACCUGAACUCUUUGCUGUCUAAGGAGGCCACACAAACACCUUGGCUCACCAUACCUGUGGAGAGCAAGUCCUCUACUCCCACUGAGCCAGUGCUCCUCCAGAAACCCAAACUAGCCUGCCCAUUGGACCUGUCCUAUGUUGAUCUGACUGCCUCACAGGUUGCCUUGGAGGUCUCGCUAAUCAAACCCGAGACUAACAGUCCCAAACCGAUCCUUGAAUCAAGCACGUUGGAGUCGACCUGGAGUCCCAAGUUCCAGUCUGCACCACUGUCCCUGGCUGAGAUCUCCCUGAUCUGGUCAGGAACACCCCCAUAUGCCAAUAACACAUAG